AUAAUGAGACAAUACUAGUCACCAUGAUAGGCAGCAGUCUCAGCAAAGAGUCAGCUUAAACACUGUGAACACUUUUCUUCCUUUAAAUGAAAAUUGAUUGAAAGAAGGGUUCAGCAUGAAUUUCUCUUCAUUGCUACCUCUCGUGCUGAUGCUGAUUCAACUUUGGCCUUGCUCUCUGGGCAUGCAGAACCACAGCGCUCGAAACACAGAUCAGUCUCUCACAGCAGUUCGAAGAGUGAAACGUGGCUGGGUAUGGGAGCCACUUUUUGCAACUGAGGAACAGACUUCAACGGUGCCUGUGUAUGUUGGACAGCUGAAAUCAGAUUUAGACAAGCAGGAUGGCAACCUACAAUACAUUUUGACUGGCGAGGGAGCUGGAACCAUUUUUAUCAUUGAUGAAUAUAAUGGAAAAAUUUACGUGACACAAAAGCUGGAUCGAGAAAAGAAAUCCUUCUACACUCUGAGAGCACAAGCAAUUAACAGGAGCACUCAGCUUCCUGUUGAACCCGAAUCAGAAUUUAUUAUCAAGGUUCGAGAUAUCAAUGACCAUGAACCACAAUUCUUGGGUGGACCUUAUGUGGCCACUGUUCCAGAGAUGUCACCUGAAGGUACUUCGGUUACACAGGUAACAGCUACAGAUGGUGAUGAUCCUUCUUAUGGGAAUAGUGCCCGUCUGCUUUACAGCCUCAUUCAGGGACAGCCUUAUUUCUCUGUGGAGCCAAAGACAGGGGUCAUCAGAAUGGCUUCCCAAAUGGAUAGAGAAACAAAAGAACAGUAUUUGGUCAUCAUCCAAGUGAAAGAUAUGGUUGGACAAGCAGGGGCAUUUUCAGCAACAGCUACUGUCACCAUCAACCUCUCCGACAUCAAUGACAAUCCACCUAAAUUUCAACAGCGACUCUACUAUAUGAACGUCUCUGAAGAGGCUCCUGUGGGCACUACUGUAGGCAAAGUCUUUGCAGAAGACAGUGACAUAGGGGAGAAUGCAGCCAUGAACUAUUUCAUUGAAGGAGAUAGCUCAGAUGUUUUUGACAUCAUUACUAACAAUGAGACUCAAGAAGGAAUUAUCUUAUUAAAAAAGAGAGUGGAUUAUGAGAGCAAGAGGAGAUACAGUAUUCAAGCCAAAGUUGUAAACAGGUACAUCGAUUACCGUUUUCUGAAAGAAGGACCGUUUGAGGACAAAACCAUUGUCAAAAUCAAUGUGGAAGAUGCUGAUGAACCUCCAGUAUUCACCUUGGAGAACUAUGUGAUGGAAAUUGCUGAAGGGGCUAUGAGUGGCUCACUGGUGGGCGUUGUAACUGCUAGAGAUCCAGAUGAUGACGACUGCCCAGUCAGGUACGCUAUUGUCCAGGGCAUGCAUUUAAAGAGAUUGUUCAGCAUCAAUGAACACAAUGGAACAAUCAUUACAACUAAACCUCUGGACCGAGAGAUAGCUUCUUGGCACAACAUAACUGUUACAGCUACAGAAACAAGAAAUCCUGAAAAAAUUUCAGAAGCAAAUGUGUAUAUCCAAGUUCUCGAUGUUAAUGAUCAUGCACCAGAAUUCCCUAAAUAUUAUGAAACAUUUGUUUGUGAAAAUGCAGUUUCUGGCCAGCUAAUUCAAAGCAUCAGUGCAGUGGAUCGAGAUGACUCAGCAGAAGGGCACCAUUUUUACUUCUCAUUGGCUCAGGAGGCCACAAACAACUCACAUUUUACUGUCAAAGAUAAUCAAGAUAACACAGCUGGAAUUUUCACAGCAAAAAGUGGCUUCAGGAGGCAAGACCAGUUUUCUUUCUACUUGCCGAUCUUAAUUCUGGAUAAUGGAACCCCACCGCUGACAAGCACAAAUACUCUCACUAUCACUGUCUGCGACUGUGACACUGAAGUUAACACCUUCUACUGUCGAUAUGGAGCUUUCAUGUAUGCCAUGGGUCUCAGCACAGAAGCUUUAGUUGCUGUUUUGGCUUGCAUACUAAUACUCCUAGUGUUCUUUUUGGCAAUUGUAGCGAUAAGGCAGCAAAGGAAGAAGUCUCCCUUUUCAGAAAAAAUGGAAGAAUUCAGAGAGAACAUUGUCAGGUAUGAUGAUGAAGGAGGUGGUGAGGAGGACACAGAAGCGUUUGAUAUAUCAGCACUGAGGACACGCACUGUCAUGCGAACGCACAAACCUCGAAAGAAGGUCACCACAGAAAUCCACAGUCUCUACAGACAGUCUCUGCAGGUUGGCCCUGACAGCGUAAUCUUCAGGCAAUUCAUUUCAGAAAAGCUUGAAGAAGCAAAUACAGAUCCUACAGUUCCUCCAUAUGAUUCACUUCAAACCUAUGCAUUUGAGGGGACUGGCUCUUUGGCAGGAUCCCUCAGCUCUUUAGGUUCAAACAUGUCAGAUGCAGAUCAGAGUUAUGACUACCUUACAGACUGGGGACCUCAUUUUAAACAGCUUGCAGGCAUGUACACUUCCCAUAGAAGCGUGGGGGAUUAGUUACUCUUUGAUUUGUUCCUUUGUUUUCCUAAAUCUCAGCAACCAAAACCAACUGUGGAUUUUGAAAAAGGAGAUCAUCCCACAUUUAAGCAUGCAAAAUAAAAGCCCAAG